GCCCAUACUGUUGCCGGAAGUUCCGAAGUAAGCAUGGAUCUGGAGGAUUUCGAACGGGAUAAUUCCCGCAACCAGCUUUUGGUCUCCUCCGUGCCCGAUGUGUGCAGGACGGAGGACUGCUGCCUGGGGAUAGAUGAAGCUGGCCGGGGACCCGUGCUGGGCCCCAUGGUUUAUGGGAUCUGUUACUUUCCCGUGUCCCGUAAAAAGGAUCUGGUGGACCUGAAAGUGGCAGAUUCCAAGACGCUCAGCGAAUCGGAAAGGGAGCAGCUCUUUGAAAAGUUGAACGCUGCUCCGGAUUACAUCGGCUGGGCUGUGCACAUACUAUCGCCUAAUGUCAUUUCUACCAGUAUGCAGCAGAGGGCGAAAUACAACCUCAAUGCCUUAUCCCACGACACGGCCAUCGGCCUGAUUCAGUAUGCGCUCGAUGCUGGGGUGCAGCUAACAGAGGUGUUUGUGGAUACAGUAGGUCCUGCAGAGAAGUACCAAGAGAAGCUGAAACAGAGAUUCCCAGGCCUGGAUGUGACCGUGAGACCAAAAGCUGAUUCGUUGUUUCCUGUGGUCAGCGCAGCGAGUAUCUGUGCCAAGGUGGCAAGAGACAGAGCGGUAAAGGGCUGGAAAUUUGUUGAGGAUUUAGGAGAUAUCGACACAAAUUAUGGUUCUGGGUAUCCAAACGAUCCCAAGACAAAAGAAUGGCUGGCCAGGUAUUUGGAUCCUGUCUUCGGAUACCCUCAGUUUGUCCGGUUCAGCUGGAGUACAGCCCAAACCAUUCUGCAGAGCAGAGCUGCCCCAGUCAUCUGGGCGGAUGAUGAGGACGCAGCUGCCGGCUCGACAGGUAAAUCUUCCUCCCAGCCUGUCCUCUCCUCGUACUUUUCAUCCCAGAAGGAAGACUGUCAGCCCAAGAGACACCGGUUCUUCCAGGAAAGACUUUUGGAACCCCUGUCGGAUCUGUAGGACUCUCUCGUAUCAGGGAGUUCUAACCCGGAUAUCAUCAAGCGGGAGAGUUGGUUGAUAACUGGCCGUCCUGUGUGCCUCGGAUAUAAGACGGUAUUAUGCGUCCUCCGUGGUGAGACGUUCUUCCACGGCCUUCCUUGCGUCACAGCGUCGGAUAGUGGUCUCUCUGAAGUAACUCUGCUCUCCUUGUCUUCUCCAUCAGUGGAGUGAGAGCGUCCUGUCAAGGAAAUAUCUGAAGGGAGAUCCUUGGCAUGGGUUAGUUGUAGUUUAUUAUCUUCGUGAUUACACGUUUAAUAAAUAUAUUUAAGUAUA